AAUAUCUCACUGUGAAUAGAAAUAUUAAUUCUAGGUAUAAACGAUAAGAAACGAAAUCGAGAAAUCAACAUCACGCUAUUAUUCGCCAUCUUUAAUUUGUCAAAAUUUAACGUCAAGAGAGUUUAGGCGCUUUAAAUGACCGCACUUGUAAAAUGGCGCAGCUGGGCACUCCCUCAAGUUUACAUGCUUUAGACAAAAUGUAAAGUGUGGCAGUAUUCGAAGAAGUUAUUUAAAUAUAAAAUCUAUGAGUCAAAAUUCUAAAGCCAAAUAACGUCAUGUUGAAAUAAAAAAUUCAAUCGAAAUAAUGUCAACUAAAAUUAUCACCUCCAUGGAGCUCCAUGAGAGCAUCCGAAAUGUUUUGGGCAGAAAUGUAAAAAUAUCAUUAAAGUGUUUAGUGAGAAUGGAAACAAAGCCUGACAAAACUGAAAAUCGUGUCUUGGCAUUUUCUGCAUGUCGUUUGUUUAUUCUUAUUGCAAAAGUUCCAACUAAGAUUGAACAUACAUUCCAUUAUUUGGAUAUUGAAGCAAUAGAAAGCAAAAAGCAGCAUCAACUUUGUUUAUCUAUUGAUGGAAAAGUUUACACAUUUUAUACUUUGGAUCCAAAUGAUGAUGAUGUUGACCAUAUGAUCAUGCAGCUGGGAACAGCCCUUAAGAGUAUAUUUCCUCAAGUGCCUUUAGAUCAUGUUAUUAGAAAAAUUGAUGUAGUUCCAUCAUCAAGAUUACAGUCAAUGAUAGAAUAUAAUGAAGGAUUAGAAAAUAAAGAUUGUGGUCCCUGUGGAGGUUAUUCUACUCAGUAUGCUUGUAUGUGUGAUUAUCAUGUCCUUCCUUACAGAGAAGAAGUUGCAUGGGAUGUAGAUACCAUUUAUUUAUCUCAUGAUUGUAAAGAAUUGUCUCUCCAAGAUUUUGAUCAUCUAGAAGGAAGGGAUCUGGUGCCAAUUAUUUCAGCUUUAAGUUUCAAUGCAUGGUUUAUUAAAUUUAGAGCUAGUAAUACAAAAUUGAUAUCAGAAGCAUUAGAACAAUUAUUACAAGUAAUGAAGCAUUCAGUUUCUCUUGAAGAAUUAUAUCUUGAUAAUAUUGGUGUAAAAGGAGACUUUGCUCAUAAACUAUCUUUAGCAUUAAUUUCUAAUGCAAAUACUCCCCUUCAUACGUUAGAUCUAUCAAACAAUUUGAUUGAAGAUAAAGGAAUCAAUAGCCUUUGUGGAAUUAUAGCAAAAAUCACUCAAGGUGCUGGACAUCUUAGUGGAACAGUAGGUAAAUUGCAGAAGGGACUCAUUCAUUUAAAUCUUUCUAGGACAGGACUAACUUCUAAGGGUGUAAAUACCUUAGCACAUGCAUUAUCUUUAAAUCGUGCCAUGCCAUCCACUCUUACCUACCUCAAUCUUAGUGAUAAUGUUUUCAAAGAAGACAUUAACAAUCUCUAUAAUUUUCUUGCUCAGCCUAAUGCUUUAACACAUUUGGAUUUAUCUGGUACAGAAUGUGCACUUGAUACGGUGUUUGGAGCUCUUCUUAGAGGUUGCACUCAAAAAUUGGCUGUUUUAAAUUUAUCACGAAAUCAAUUUUCUACCAAAAAAAGUAAAGAAGUAAUAGUUCCUCCAUCAUUUAAGACUUUCUUUUCUAGUACAAUUGCUUUAAAAGUACUAAAUAUGUCAAGUAAUAAACUUCCUGUUGAGUCAUUAAAGGCAAUGUUAUUAGGCCUUGCUUGUAAUGAAAUAGCCACUGACAUUUCUCUAGAUCUCAGUAAUAAUGAUUUGAAAUCCCAAGGUGCUCUAGUGUUAGAAUCAUGUCUUCCAGGAAUCCGUUGUUUAUGUAGUUUAGAUAUUAGUGAAAAUAAUUUUGAUGUUGAUCUUGCUGGUAUUAUUAGUGCAGUUGGAAAAAAUAAAUCUAUAAAACAUCUUUAUAUUGGAAAAAAUUUUAUUAACAUUAAAGCAAAGCAUAUGGGACGAAUAAUAGAUGCAAUUGUUCAGCUAAUACAAGAAGAAGAUACUGUUUUAGAAACGCUAUCUUUAGCUGAUUCUAAAUUACGAUCAGAUACAUGUCUUAUAAUAAAUGCUCUCGGAAGCAAUCAAUCUUUAACAUCAAUAGAUGUCAGUGGAAAUUUUAUGGGAGCAGCAGGAGCAAAGACUUUGGCAAAAGCACUUCAAGUGAAUUCUAAAUUAAAAUCUGUUAUUUGGGAUCGAAAUGCAACUCCAGCUCAAGGUUUUCAAGAUAUUGCAUAUGCUUUAGAGAAAAAUUAUAGUUUGAAAUAUAUGCCAUGGCCAAUUCAUGAUGUCACUUCUGCUAUGAAAGUUGCACCUGACAAAACUGAAGCUGCUUUCCGCAAGAUUGAUGAAUAUCUACACAGAAAUGUGUCACCAAAAAAAUAUAUUAAUAGUCAGGCCUUUCGUUUACAACAAGGAUUUUUAUUAACCUCAACACAACAGAUGGUUGAUCGUUUAAUGGUUCAUUUACAAGAUACAAUUAACAAUGCUAAAAAAUCUGCUGCUGAAGGAAAUAUGUAUCAAGAAAGAAUUGCUAUUGCUGAAGGCUAUCUGAAUGAUGCCAAUAAUGCUAAACAACUUUUUACACGUCUUCAUGAAGUUGUUUUACAACAAGAAGAAGCUGGUAAUCCUAUUGAAAUUAAAUUACAAGAAUUUGUACAAGAACUUACCCGAACAUUGGAUACUUAUUUAAUGAAUAUAGCUUCAUGUAUGUUAAAGUGUAUCGAAGAUCAGUGUCCAAAUAUUAUUUCUGAUGAGAAAGUAAGACGUGAUGUUGAAAAAUUAUGCCAAGAAAGAGGAACAAUUCCAUCAGAAUUUAUAGCUUUAACACUUUUAGAGCAGGCUGGUACUGAUAUCAUAAACAAAGUCAGUGAAGUAAAUUUAUCAGUUGCAGCUCAUGUAACAGAUAGAAUUCUAGAUGAUGUAAUUGAAUCUUUGUCAAGAAUGCAUAAAGAAUUAUUGGCAUGGUUAAAUCUAGCUACUCCAAAAUUAACAAGUAAACGAAGAAGUGUACAUACAAGGAAAUUGAGACCACAAUCUGUUGUAGAUAGUGUAGAAGGUAUCAUCAUAGAUGAUAUUCCAGAUCUUCUCCCUAAAGGAAUAGAAGAUUUUUUAAAAUUGUUUAGUGGGAGAGCACGAACUGAUAGUAAUAGUACUACAGCUAGUUGUGUAAGUGGAGAUCUUAUGUCAAGUGAAAGUAGUUGUAAAUUAGAAAAAUCACCAGAGAAAGAAAGUGAUAAAAAAGAGAAAGGUAGCUUUAUUAAAGGAAUAAGCAGUCUUUUCAGUAGAGUAGCUACAGAAGCAGCUCAUAUACAUAAAUCAAAAUCAUAUGAUGUAAGUGAUAAAUCCAGUUCUGCAGAUCCUUCUCCAACACAUUUAAUAGGAAAAGAAAGAGAAAGCAGGUAUCUACAACCAGGAUUUGGAAACAAUGGCGAAAGAAGUCAUUUUUCAUCAUCUCCACAGUUGGACAGUAGAAGUAAAAAAGACAUUGAAGAUAUCUCACGAAUUCGUGGGCUAGAUAAAUUUUCAUCUGGAUUAACUUCUGGCAGUGGACUAAUGGCAGAAAUGAAAGCACGUCAAGAAAAAAGAGCUUCUAAUAUUCCAGUUUCAAAACAGGAAUGUGAAGAUAAAUCUCCAAUAGAUGGUAGAGAUUCAACUCAAAAUCUUUUGCAAUCAGUAAAACUAAAACCUGUAAAUUUAGCUCAAUCUUUAAAAUCCCCAUCAGAAAGUUUACAAUUAGAAAAGCAUGAAGAAGUUGUAACUUCUUUAGGAAGACCUACCAGUUCACCAAUUAUUAAUAUAUCACCAGGUGGUUCCCCUCAAUUGGGAGAAAGUGGAAGUAAAUUUGGAUUUGCCCUAAAACCUAAGCCACCUCCAAUUGCACCUAAACCGCGACCAAAAUCUGUUGGAGGUACAACAGAAUUACAUCUUACAGGUGAAUUUGCAUUGACCAAUGAAGAUGAUGGAGAAAGUAGUGUUAAUGUAGAAAGUGAAAAUUUUGAGCAUCUUGGAGAUAUUGCUUCACAUAUGCACCACUCUGAAAAUAUUGAUAAUAAAGAAUUAUCAGAUCAGCUUUUGCAUGCAUCAGAAGAAAACUCGUCAGAUAAUUUUCUUAAGUGUAAUAACAAUCAAUCCAUUUUAUCUGAUCAGGAUCCAGGGAAGAAACUGUACCUGCUCUCUAAUAUAUCAACAGAUACUUCAUCACAUCAAGAUAAUUUAAUUAAAUAUGAUGCUAAAGUAAUUUCCACUGAACAUGGAAAUAACAGAGAGACUUCAUCUGUUUACAGUGAGAAUAGUGCAUUAAUUACAAAAAGAGAAGUGAUUAAUGAAGAUAUUGUGGAUGUAUAAGCACUGCCAAUUUUGUAUAAUCUUAAAUUGAUCCAUCUGUCACUCCUUCAUCAGUGAAUCAGUUAAUGAAAUUUCAGCCACAUACAUUCGAUGGGUGAAAUAAACAUUUCCAUCUUCAU